AUGUCUGAAAGCAUUUUAGAGUCUGCGCACGAAUCGGCUAAAGAGAAUCUUGAAAUAGCUCGAGAAAAUCAAAAAUUAUCCUACGAUUUACAUCGUAAAAAUAUUCAGUUUGCCGUAGGCGAGAAGGUUUUGAUGGCCAAUACAGCUGGUUCCGCUUUAGAUAAAUGGGCAACGCCUAAGCUGUCCGCUAAAUUCAUCGGUCCUUAUUGUAUCGCGAGAAAAGUCGGUUCUCUAGAUUAUGAGCUAAUUUCUGAAGAUGAUGGUGCUGUUUUAAGUCCGAUUCACGUUGAACGGCUUAAACCAUAUCAUGAACAGAGUUCUCUAAUCUGA